AUGAUCAAAAUCAUCACGGACUCGACCUCUCUAUAUGUGAUGAAUGUUUACUUGCCACCUUCUUUGACCAUUGACCGAUUUCGCUCACUCUUCGAAGUUCUUGAGACCAUACGCUUAACUUAUAAUGUGAAUUUUCUCAUUGUUGGUGACUUCAACAUUCCUCUAUGUUUUGCGGAUAUCAAUAACACUACUGUACAACGUAGCACACCUGAAAUUUGUCUUCGGGAAUUUUUGGAGAUCGGCAGUUUAUCACAACAUAACUUUGUUUUUAAUGAUUAUGGUAGAGUACUGGAUUUGGUUAUUUUUAGUGGUAGUAGGUGCCUUGUUGAGAGGUCUCUUGAUCCGUUAGUGGUUGAGGAUAAGCAUCAUCCCGCUUUGGGGGUGAGUUGUUCGCCUAAUAUUGCCCAUAAUUUAAAAACUAAUUUUGUCGCCUCUUAUGAACGUCAGUAUGAUUUCAGUAAGGCAAAUUUUUUCCUCAUGUAUGAUCUUGUUGGAGGUAUAGAUUGGAGCCCUCUCGGGAUCAUUGACAGUGCCGAGGAGGCUUGUGCUUUUUUUAAUGAUACAAUUCAUAGCGUCUUCGAUCGUAGUGUGCCUCUUCGAUCUUACGAGAACAAGCGCAUAUAUCCUCCCUGGUUCAAUAGAGAGAUCAUUCGGUUGAUUCGCUUGAAGGCUAAGUAUUGGCAUAAAUUUAAAAGAAAUAACAAUGUCAUUGCUCGCGAGGAAUUUAUCCGUUUGAGAGCGAAAAUCAAAUCGGAUGUGGAUAAGGCCUACAAAACUUUUGUGAAAAGAGCUGAACAAAAUAUUAAAGAAAACCCUAAAAAAUUCUGGUCAUUUAUCAAUAGCAAAAAAGGUUCAACUCUUGUUUCUAACCAAAUGUUUUAUGGUGGGCAGUUACUCAAUAAUCCAUUAGACAUUCUCAAUAGCUUUGCCGAUUUUUUCGCGAAAUCAUACUCUACCAGUACAGCUAGCAUUGAAGUGACUGAUAAUACUAAUGUAAUUAAUCUAAAUAUUACUUGUUUCGAGGAGAGUGAGGUCCUCGUGGCGUUGAAGAGGAUGAAACCCACAAUGACUAUGGGUCCCGAUAGUAUCCCAUCAUUGGUUUUUAGAGAUUGUGCAUAUGUUUUAGCUAGUCCACUUACUAUUUUGUUCAAUAUUUGUUUGAGAACUGGCACGAUUCCUGAUUGCUGGAAGCUUUCCAAACAUGGUUUUGUUAAAGGUCAUUCGACAGUUACCAACCUCUUCAACGUAACCCAGUUUAUUUCCGAGGUCAUUGAGAGAAAAUCCCAAGUAGAUAUAUUAUACACUGAUUUUUCAAAGGCUUUUGAUCUGCUUGACCAUGGAAUAUUGUUGAGGAAGUUGUCUCAAUUUGGCCUUUCCUCGGCUCUCAUUGGUCUUUUCAAGUCUUACUUGUCCAAUAGGCAGCAAUAUGUCGAGUUUAAGGGAGUCAGGUCUACAGUGUUCUCCAGUACUUCUGGAGUCCCUCAAGGAAGUAACCUUGGGCCACUCCUUUUCAUAAUAUUUAUUAAUGAUUUGGCGGAGGUAGUUGAUGUCGACUGUUUGUUAUUUGCUGAUGAUUUCAAAAUAUACCUGGAGAGUGGUGUAGAAGGAACAGGUUACCUUUGA